UCUCAGUCUCUGGCCGAGGAAUCCCAGGCAGCGUUUAAUUGCAGAGUGCAAAGGCUUUAGUUGGUCUAAUGAGCUCAGCACCGGAGCUGGGACUCUUUCACGCGCUUCUCUCAGAGACAGAGAUCCAUGGAGUCCUUUAACGGAGGAGCCUCACAAAGCUGCAGGAUUUCAGGUGGUGGGUGAAGAAGAAAUUCUGAAAUUCAGGUACAGCCGACGAAGUGAGAGAAUAUACCAGAGGCAAGAGACGGAGUAAGAGCGGGAGAGGGGAGGGGAGGAAACGGGAAAUACACUGCCAGAGUGAGAGAGAGAGAGAGAGACUGAAAGCCUGCAGCAGCAAAUGAGACAGAACAACGAGGCGGGAGAGGUAGAACGAGAGACAGAGAGAGAGGGAGGGAGGUGGAGAGGGGCCCCGUGCAGGAGAGAGGGCUACAGGGUGAGGAAGAAGAAGGAGUAAGAAAAAGUUACGAGAAGUAGGAGAAAGAGGGUAUAGGGAAAGUACCUACGCAAAGAUUACUAACUACAGAAGUGAAGACGAAAGGAAACAACAGGCAGGAAGGAAGGGGAGGGAGUCUUGGGUAGAGAGUAAAAAAAAGAGCUGGUGAAAAGUUUUCUAGUGGGAAGACGCAGAUGAGGAAAACAGAGCGAGUGAAUGACUGGGCUGGAGAGAGCUGGGAGGGGAGGAAACCAGUUGUUUUCUAAGUCGUUUUCGACGCAAGUCUCCGGACUUCUUCGGACAUGUACACAGAAGGCGCACAAGCAACGGGACACCAACGAUUUCUUCAGCACAGCAACAAUCCUGCCCCAUGCCCCUGCCAGCGCUGCAUCCACUAUGAGCCGUACGGCCAUCACGGUGGACCGGGAUAUCAACCAGCAUCACCCAGACAGACAGACCACCCAUCGCUGGACUUCAGGAGAGACACCCAGGCUCCUCGGGUUAAAGAUGUAGGAGGUAGAGCUUUCGUGGUGGACAGAGUUGAGAAAAGUGGUCAUCACAGCCCACAGAGGAGGUCUGUGUUUGUAGGGCAGGGCCCUUAUAGCCAGUCAGAUGACUUGAGCCAAGUCUGCCCCUGGGAGUUGAACGCUGCCCAGUGGAACUACCCACUGGAGCCUGGGGUGAGACACUAUUCAUCUGUCAGAGAACAGUGUGGCUGUGUGGUGCGCAGCAACAGCAGGGCACACCCCUUUAAUGCCGGGAUACCACAUCCUCUCCCUCAUCUUCAGGUCAAAGGUCAGGGGUACAGACACAGGAGGACUGUCAGGUACGUCUCUGUGGAUGAGGAGGAAAGCUGUGGAUGCAACUUUGAGAACUAUCAUUUGGACCUACACAAUCCCCAACUGGGCCACUUGCACAUGCCAAAUGGCCACUGUAGACCGAGGCCUGUGUUCACCGAGGGAGGGGAGGAAGGAGAUAGCCAUCAGGACCCAGGGAGACUGAAGGGUGGAUCAGAGGAGGGUUUGAAUGGAUGUGGUGGCUUUUUCCCCACUGAGGUCCCACAAAAGAAUUUGAACCAAAGCAGACGGAAGGGGUCCUACAUCCCUCCCUCCGGCAUCCCCAGUCCAGAAACCUCAAAAUCAACAUCCGGAAACAACCACCAGCUCCAGGGUUUGGAGGUGACAAAGCAAAAGAGACGGCAGGAUUUGGUGAGGGAUCAAAUUCGACAAGUGGUGACAGAUCUGGAGGAUGUGUUGGGGGGUUUGAAGCAAGUUCACGUCGAGAUGAAAGAGGUGGUUGAGCAGAUUGAUCGUCUCACAGCGAAUAUCGACCUCAGUGAGGAGCCGCCCUGCAUCGCUCAGGGGUCAUCCAAUAACUUUCACGACUCAACGCAUUCAGGAGACCUCAGGGUCGCCAUGCUGCCCAAUCACAAGUCUGCUUCAGUUCAGGCAUCACAGCACAUCGAUGAAGACCGCGUCAUCCUCAGAUCUAACUCUCCUUCUCCUGUCCACAUGGCGUCGGUAGUGAAAACCAGCCGCUUCACCCCGCCCAAUCUAAAUAAGGACCACGAAAAGCCAGGUUUGAACGGCCACCCGCCUCACCUGUACCCCUCGAAAGACUCCAACCACAUAGGCCAAGCUCGUCCCGAACCCCACCCGCAGACCCUAGACCCUAAGGUCAUCAUAGGGAACAGCACCUCCAAUCUAAGAACUCAAAAGCCUCCGCCUUACCCCCAAAACGGCCGUUGCGGGAAGGGCCCAUACCCACCUCCCAAGCCUGUGAGGACCCCUGCCUACCCUAGUAGAGGUCGCCAGAGCACCAGCAUGGUGUGAAGGAGGGGGGUGGUGUCCUCCAGUGUCAUGGGGGCCUGAAACAUGAGACCCUGCUGUAGUGACUGGAGGUCAAAGAGGGACCAGGCAGGGGAACAAUUAAUGCAGGAGCUGAUGCCACUGAGACGAGCUGUCAGCUGGUGGAAACAGAGCACGGCCUGAAGGUGGGGUUAUUUCCAAAGGGAAAGCUCCCCCGAGAGUCGACCUGUGACUGCACGUCACGUGAGCGCACAAGUGUGGAGGAGAGGCAGUCGAACCGUCUGAGAAUUUAAAUGUGUGAGAAAAUAAUGAGAAGGAUAAACUGCAAACUUAUUCUCAACAACCAUCAAGCUGAAACAUAAAGGUAGCUUUUCAUGACAGUAUUUAUUUCUACUAUUUUUAUAUUGAAAAAGAUUAUCUAUUUUCAGGCAGCUUAUACUAGUCUGGAUACUACCUGUACUAUAUUAAGAUUUAUAUCAUAUAAACUAUGGUGAAGAUAUUUUCCAUAUCAACUAUUUCUCUCUGUAACACGGCUUUUACAGUACAAGAGGAAAGAAAGUGAGGAUAGAGGAAGCUAAAAUUAAUGGCAAUACUUUUGAUUUUCCUGCACUUUCCUCAUGCAAAUAAAUCCAACAUCUUAAUCAUCUGAUUCUUGAUAAGUUUCACUGACUGCUGAAUGUCCCACUAAAUAUUAAAUAUGAAAUAAAAGAAAUGACACCAGCAUUUUA